ACAGAGGCUCAGAAGGAGGCAGCGGGUUUAAAGAUGCUCGGCGCCUCUUCCCUCUGAAUUCGCCAAGUGCUAGAAAGGAGACUCGACAACUUUUCCGAAGCCUGCAACAGUUUCAGGGCCGAGUGGAGGGCGAGCUGGUCGGUCUGAAGGAUGGCUGGAUGCUGCACGUCGGCGGAGGACAGAGAGAACCAGAGGAUCAACGAGGAGAUCGAGAAGCAGCUGCGGAAGGACAAGAAGGAUUCCCGCAGGGAGCUGAAGCUGCUGCUGUUAGGCACUGGAGAAAGUGGAAAGAGCACCUUCAUCAAACAGAUGAGGAUUAUCCACGGAGGAGGAUACACAGAGGAGGACAAGCGGAGCUACGCCAAACUGGUCUUUCAGAACAUCUACACGUCGAUGCAGACCAUGAUCCGAGCCAUGGAGGCCCUCGGUAUAUCUUUCUCUGAUCCCCAGAACCAGAGCCAUGCUAGUGCAGUCCUGGAGGUGGAGGUGGAUAAAGUGGAGGAAUUAGACCAAAGCCUGGCGGUGGGGAUCGGCAGUCUGUGGAACGAUGCAGGAAUACAGGAAUGCUACGACCGACGCAGGGAGUACCAGCUGUCCGACUCCACCAAAUACUACCUCACUGAACUGGAUCGGAUUGCUCAGCCCUCUUACUUACCCGACCUUCAGGACAUCCUCAGGGUCCGAGUGCCGACCACAGGUAUCAUUGAAUACCCCUUUGACAUGGAGAAUGUCAUUUUCAGGAUGGUGGAUGUGGGGGGUCAGAGGUCAGAGCGGAGGAAGUGGAUCCACUGCUUUGAGAACGUCACCUCCAUCAUCUUCCUGGUGGCGCUCAGUGAGUACGACCAGGUCCUGGUUGAGUGCGACAACGAGAACCGUAUGGAGGAGAGCAAGGCCCUGUUCAAAACCAUCAUCACCUACCCCUGGUUCCAGCGCUCCUCCGUCAUACUUUUCCUCAACAAGACUGACAUCCUCAAGGAGAAGAUACUGUACUCUCACAUAGCCACCUACUUCCCUGAAUUCACAGGACCUCAGCAGGAUCCUACAGCAGCCCAAGAAUUCAUCCUGAAAAUGUACCAAGAACAAAACCCGGACAAGGAGAAAACGCUGUACCCUCACUUCACCUGCGCCACCGACACAGAAAACAUCCGCUUCGUCUUCGUGGCCGUGAAAGACACCAUCCUCAGACACAACCUCAAAGAGUUCAAUCUGGUGUAACGACGGCAGGACACAAGGAAAGACUUUAGGAAAUAGCCAACCAUAUUCACUGUUAACAAUACUCAACAUAAGCCAAAAAACUGUCCAAUAUUUUCAAACUUACACAAUGUCAUGUACAGAUCCAGCCAAAGAGAAUAUGAACAUGUUAAACCAAACUAGUGAUUGUGUAGGUUGCUGUGACUCAAAUGCAACUUUGUAUAGAUACUGUAGUGUCCAGUCUAGAGUUUACUGUAUAGACAUUUGCUUUUAAUGAAACAUUAGAAAUGAGAAUUGUGUGACCUACUUAGUUUAAAAAUAUGAUCUGAGUGCUUGAACAUAUACAUAUGUAAUACCUGCUUUAUAUAUAUAGUUUUGCAGAUUCAGUGACUGUAUAAAUCUUCACCGGUCAAUAAUUUGUGGCCGCCAGGGCGGCAUCGGUCAGAACACAAUACAAGAUGUUCCCUUUUUCUCCCUUCAUUCUUAACAGAAGUCACACCUAAACAUCUCUAUGUGUGGCUCAGUAGAAUGCAUGCACACAGAGAAAACGAAAAGCAACACCAAAUAUAUACAUCUGUGCAGUCCCAGCAAACACUCUCCUCUGGAACCUCCACGAACACAAAGAGUUCUCCUCUGCAGAGCAGCAGAGUGUAGUGGCCUCUGAUUGGCCAACGUCCCAAUUGUCUGUUUGCAGGCCUUGUCCGGCCAUCCUUCGUCACAUAUACAUAUAAAUUUAGCCCUAUUGUGUCAUUCAUAAUGUGUAGAUGUGCCUUAUUUCUUCAGCGCUGCCCGAUUUAUCUUGUUUCAGAUGUAAAUAAUCUGAGAUGUGCCUUAAAAACCUCUACACAACUGUUCUCCAAGAAUAAAUUAUAUUUAUAGUCAUUUUCAAUGAACAGUUAUUUAUUGAAGAAUACAACUUGUGUGCUUGUGUGGUAAAAAAUAAAUAAAUAAAUGAAGAUGGCAUUGAAA